AUGAACCUCCUGGCGCCAUGCCGUAGCUGCAGGCAUGGUUUAUUCACCCGGCCACAAAGAGCAAUCUCGACUUCUGCGCCUUCACAGCAAUCCCCCCCGAAACGUCGCCGCUGGCUAGGCGUUCUUGCUGUCGGGACCGCAGCAGCCGGCGCAGGCGCCUAUUACCGCUCGGAAAGUUCGAAUUCUUCAGCGACCUUGAACCCAGAUACAUUCACCAAGUACUGUCUCGUAUCGCGCGAACCGGUCUCCGCGACCAGCAGCAUAUUCACGCUCCGCCCUCGGACACCCAGCGUCGCCAACUAUGAUAUCUACGAGAAAGCAUGGCGCGCCGGGAUCUGGAGCGUGAUGUUCAAGCAGCCGCAGCUGCAAAUUGGGCGAGAUUACACUCCUCUACCGACGACUGCAGCAACAACGCUAAGUGUGGAUGAGGAGAACGAGGGCUAUCUGCAGUUCUUCAUCCGGAAAGAUCCGUUUGGCGAGGUUUCGAGGUACCUGCAUAACCUCAAUAUCGGGGCCGAAGUUGAGAUUCGAGGACCGCAGAUAGAGUGUGCUAUUCCGGAGGAUACAAGGGAUAUAUUAUUUAUUGCCGGCGGGACGGGCAUUGCACCCGCUUUGCAGGCGGGUCAUUCGUUGCUCAACCGGCGCGGCGAGGCCCGGCCUAGGAUUCAUAUUCUGUGGGCGAAUCGCCGAAGCGAGGAUUGUCUUGGUGGGCAAAGCGAUACCUUGAAGAAGCCCUCAGCAUCUCGGUCCUGGUUUAGUGGAUGGUUUGGAGCAUCUGAGAGCAGCAGCAGUGGCACCACUCCCCCAGCCAUUCCCGAGCAAGAGAAACCGACUUCACAGAUUGUGCGCGAGUUGGAAGCCCUGAAAUCUCAAUAUCCGGGCCAAGUGACCGUGGACUACUAUUUAGACGAGCAAAACACAUUCAUUGGGACCAAGGAUAUCCUAAGCUUCACCGAAUCCACCCGCCCGACAGACAGCUCUCGCCGGAGCAAACUGAUCUUGGUCUCGGGUCCCGACGGCUUCAUCAGCUAUAUGGCCGGCCCCAAGCUUUGGGCCCAGGGCAAGGAGCUCCAGGGACCUCUCCAGGGGAUCAUCAAAGAGCUCGAUCUGAAGGAAUGGGCCGUGUGGAAGCUUUAA